UCGCUGUCAUACACGCAGCGCGAGAAAUCUCAGCAGCACUGCUCGCGGUACAAUAUGAGGCUGCAGUGAAGACGUGUGGCACCGGGGGCAGUUAUGAGUGGGAAGAGCCUCUUGUUGAAGGUCGUUCUCCUGGGGGACGGCGGCGUGGGCAAAAGCUCCCUGAUGAACCGCUACGUGACCGACCGCUUCGACUCGCAGUCCUUCCACACCAUCGGUGUGGAGUUCCUCAACCGCGACCUGGAGAUCGACGGUCGGCUGGUCACCCUGCAGAUCUGGGACACGGCGGGCCAGGAGCGCUUCAAGAGCCUGCGCACGCCCUUCUACCGCGGGGCGGACUGCUGCCUGCUCACCUUCGCCGUGGACGACCUGCAGAGCUUCCAGAACCUGGGCUGCUGGAAGAAGGAGUUCAUGUAUUACUCAGACGUACAAGACCCGGAGCACUUCCCCUUUGUGGUGCUGGGAAACAAGGUGGACAAGGAGAAGCGGGAGGUCGGCGAGGAUGAGGCCCGGGCUUGGUGUGAGGAAAACGGCUGCUGUCCGUACUUCGAGACCAGCGCCAAGGACGACACGAACGUGGGGGCCGCUUUCGAGGCUGCUGUCCGGGAAGUUCUGGCCAGCGAGGACCCCAUCGACCACACCCUGCUGAGCGGCUCCAUCGAUCUCCACGGAAAUCGUAAAGUGGCUCGCUCGUCCUGCUGUUGAGGUGCCUCUAAUGAUGCGUUCAAGUCAUGUCGGAUAGAUCGUA